UUGUGUCCAGGCUUCAUUGCAUCCCCUUAGUUUUUCACACUCUCCAAAAUAAAAAAAAAAAAAUCGGAAAAAUAUUUAUCUGAUCCUUUUUUUUUCUUUCUUUCACUUUUUUGUCAUUAUCCAUUAUGUCAUCUUUGCUCAAGACGAUUAGUGAUUUCAUUAUAGGCAGCGAGCCUUCUACACCCAUCACAGAAACACCUACACAAACCAAAGAACCUCAAGUUGAGAUAGAUCAGAUCCCACCACGCGAUGUACUUGUCGAAAAGGAUUGCAACACUUGUACAGAAGAGUGCGAAGAGCACCAACAGUACCCUUCUUACUUGGAUCUCGACACAAAGUCACCUUUACUUGGCUCUAUGUCUCCUUAUGGUCGUCACUUCAUGAUAAGUACUGCCCAAUGUGAUUGGCCCGAGCGUAUCGAGGAAGACUAUGGCACACUGGCUGCUAAUCUACAGGCUUUAUUGGUAGCCAAUCCUAUGCCAUGGCGUACGUUUGUCACCAACACAUCAUUGAUUGCCACACAUUCAACCAGUGUGCGUUGUGGCCUCGAUGUGAUUAUCUUACCUGAAAAUAUCGUGGUAGGCAAUGUUACACCAGACGAUGCUGAAUUACUGUACGAAGUGUUUGUCAAGUUACCCCUAAGCAAUGAUCCCAUUGACAUUGAGUCUACAUUUAAGCAGUACGACUUAAAAGAAAUGGCUGUCUAUCCUAAUCCCUAUGAGAGCAUGAUUUUGAUCUGUUCACAUCGAAAGAGAGACAAGCGCUGUGGUGUUACUGCUCCUUAUCUCAAUCGAGAAUUUGACCAUGUAUUACGAGAUAUGGAUAUUCAUGAUGGAGAAGGUGGUACAUCUGUAUUUAUGGUCAGUCAUGUUGGAGGUCACAAAUUUGCAGGCAAUAUUAUUUGUUACAUCAAUAAGGGCAGAGCAGGCAUUUGGUAUGGACGUGUCAAACCAUGUCAUUGUCGUGCUAUUGUAGAAGAGACUAUUGUUAAAGGAAAGGUGAUCAAAGAAUUGUAUAGAGGUUCUAUGAACCAUAGUUUUGGUCAAGAUACUGCUAAAUGUAACAGAAUCAAAUGGUAAAAUAAAUGUAUAUUUCUGAAUCUAGUCUAUGAUUCGUUAACCAGC